CCUCCUCCUCCUCCUCCUCCUCCUCCUCCAUCUCUCCAUCUCUCCUCUCCUCUCCAGGCGGCAGGAUGGACGUCGUAAAUCAGCUCGUAGCCCAGGGUCAGUUCCGGAUCCUGAAGGUUCCUCUGGGCUUCAUCAAGGUCCUGCAGUGGUUCUUCGCCAUCUUCGCCUUCUCCACCUGUGGCAGUUACUCCGGGAUGUUCAAGAUGGCGGUGGAGUGUAGGAACCGGACGGAGAGUGACCUCGCCAUACAAGUGGAGUUCGAGUAUCCGUUCAGACUCCACCAGGUGUACUUCGACGCCCCCACCUGUAAGGACAGGGCCACGGACCGGAUCUUCCUGGUCGGAGACUACUCUUCCUCCGCCGAGUUCUUCGUCACCAUCGGCGUCUUCGCCUUCCUCUACGCCACCGCGGCUCUCAGCAUCUACGUCUUCUUCUACGACAAGUACAAGGAGAACAACAAAGGCCCGCUGAUCGACCUGGGAGUGACGGCAGUGUUUGCCUUCAUGUGGCUGGUGAGUUCGGCGGCUUGGGCCAAAGGUCUGUCCGACGUGAAGACGGCGACCGAUCCGGAUGAGGUCAUCACUUUGAUCGACGCCUGUGAGAAGAAGGAGAACUCCUGCCGAGAAGUCCAUGACCCGGUCAUGUCCGGACUCAACACCUCCGUGGCGUUCGGUUUCAUCAAUCUGGUCCUGUGGGCCGGAAACCUCUGGUUCGUCUUCAAGGAGACGGGCAUCAUCGCCCCGUUCAUGCGAGCUCCGCCUCCUGAGGGCAAACCUGCGCCCGACGCCUACGCCCAGCAGGGGGCGUACGAACAAGACCCGUAUGCCAGCAACCAGGGAGGCUACCAGCCCGAGUUCAACCAGCAAGGAUACAACCAGGAGGCUGAGUACGGUCAAGGCUACGGCCAGCAGGGGGCGCCCACCUCCUUCUCCAAUCAGAUGUGAGGCGACAGGAAGCAGGAAGUGCCGGAGUGAACCAGCAGUGGGUCGCCUGCAACCUACCCACAAUGCAACACUCCAGCCUGCCUGCAACAUUACUGGGCGGGGUUGGGAUAAAUGUUCACUGCUGUGAAUCAGUGUGUAAAUGACGAAAAGAGAAUCUAAAUGAGAAACCCACAACUAGACCAAGCAGUGCUGAGUAGAACCCAGAGGUUCUGGUUGAUCUUCAUGUUCGGGUCUGUAUCUGUGGACAGAAUGUAUGUUUGUGUUGUAUAGAUAUCACUUAUGAACAGAUAUAUAAUCUCAACCCUUUCUUCUCGCUUCCUAUUGGACCCUGGGAUUUCUUGUUGCAAUAAACCCCGCCCCAAAAACCAGAUUGCUAAUCAAUGCUGUUCAGAGUGGGUUCAACGAUCCGGUUCAGAUCAGAACCAAACAGAGAUCCGGAUAGAAAACGAUGAGCCGCUGGUCCACCAGCAUCGCCUCCCAGCUCUUUGUGUUGCUGCAUGUAAAUAUCCACACAGGAAGUGAUGUCAGUCUGGACUUGUAGCAAAUGCAGCCUGGACGCCGGCAUGGUGGCGUCCAUGGAAACUAGAUCCAAAAUGGCUUCCUGUCAUUGUGAGUACAAUUAACAAGCUGUGUACAGCUAUCUACUACAUUCCUGCUGAGGAAAUGUCUGAAGGCCCAAUCGUCCAUCUGAAGGCCCAAACAUCCAUCUGUGGGUCCAAUCGUCCCUUUGAAGGCCCAAUCGUCCAUCUGAAGGCCCAAACAUCCAUCUGUGGGUCCAAUCGUCCCUUUGAAGGCCCAAUCGUCUGUCUGAAGGCCCAAUCGUCCAUCUAAGGGCCCAAUCGUCCAUCUGAAGGCCCAAUCGUCGGUCUGAGGGCCCAACUGCCUGUCUAAGGGCCCAAUCGUCCAUGUGAAGGCCCAAUCGUCCGUCUGAGGCCCAAUCGUCCAUCUGAAGGCCCAAUCGUCCAUGUGAAGGCCCAAUCGUCCGUCUGAGGCCCAAUCGUCCAUCUGAAGGCCCAAUCGUCCAUCUGAAGGCCCAAUUGGCCAUCUGAAGCCCCAAUCGUCCGUCGGAGGGCCCAAUCGUCCGUCUGAGGGCCCAAUCGUCCAUCUGAGGCCUAAUCGUCCAUCAGAAGGCCCAAUCGUCCAUCUGAAGGCCUAAUCGUCCAUCUGAAGGCCCAAUCGUCCAUCAGAAGGCCCAAUCGUCCGUCUGAGGGCCCAAUCGUCCGUCUGAGAGCCCAAUCGUCCAUCUGAAGGCCUAAUCGUCCAUCAGAAGGCCUAAUCGUCCAUCAGAAGGCCCAAUCGUCCGUCUGAGGGCCCAAUCGUCCGUCUGAGAGCCCAAUCGUCCAUCUGAAGGUCCAAUCGUCCAUCUGAAGGCCCAAUCGUCCAUCAGAAGGCCCAAUCGUCCAUCUGAGGGCCCAAUCGUCCAUCUGAGGCCCAAUUGGCCAUCUGAAGGCCCAAUCGUCCAUCUGAAGCCCCAAUCGUCCGUCUGAGGCCUAAUCGUCCAUCUGAAGGCCCAAUCGUCCAUCUGAAGGCCUAAUCGUCCAUCAGAAGGCCCAAUCGUCCGUCUGAGGGCCCAAUCGUCCGUCUGAGAGCCCAAUCGUCCAUCUGAAGGCCCAAUCGUCCAUCUGAAGGCCCAAUCGUCCAUCUGAGGGCCCAAUCGUCCACCUGAAGGCCCAAUCGUCCAUCAGAAGGCCCAAUCGUCCGUCUGAGGCCCAAUCGUCCAUCAGAAGGCCCAAUCGUCCGUCUGAGGGCCCAAUCGUCCGUCUGAGGGCCCAAUCGUCCAUCUGAAGGCCCAAUCGUCCGUCUGAGGGCCCAAUCGUCCGUCUGAAGGCCCAAUCAUCCGUCUGAGGGCCCAAUCGUCCGUCUGAGGCCCAAUCGUCCAUCUGAGGCCCAAUCGUCCAUCUGAGGCCCAAUCGUCCAUCUGAGGCCCAAUCGUCCGUCUGAGGGCCCAAUCGUCCAUCUGAGGCCCAAUCGUCCAUCAGAAGGCCCAAUCGUCCGUCUGAGGGCCCAAUCGUCCAUCAGAAGGCCCAAUCGUCCGUCUGAGGCCCAAUCGUCCGUCUGAGGCCCAAUCGUCCAUCUGAGGCCCAAUCGUCCAUCAGAAGGCCCAAUCGUCCAUCUGAGGCCCAAUCGUCCAUCUGAGGCCCAAUCGUCCGUCUGAGGGCCCAAUCGUCCGUCUGAGGGCCCAAUCGUCCAUCUGAGGCCCAAUCGUCCGUCUGAGGCCCAAUCGUCCGUCUGAGGCCCAAUCGUCCGCCUAAGGGCCCAAUCGGCCAUCAGUGUCUCCCUGCUCUCAGCCAAUCACAGCUCUCUCUGGAACGUUCUCCUGAAAACUCUGAUGCUUCCUCCUCCUCCUCCUCCUCCUCUUCUUCUUCUUCUUGGGUUGUUUUUUGAACGUGAAGCUGUUUUUAGCGUCGGUAUCGCCUCCACAUGGUGACAUGUUUUCUUUUUGUGUUGUUCAGUAACUGAAGAUCAGUGUGAUUCUACUUCCUGUUUCCUGUUGAGGUGUGUGUGAGAUCAUUUCCUGUCAAUGCUUCAUCAGAUAUGUUUUCCUCCUCUUCCUCACCUUCUGUGCAUCUUUUAAUCUAUUUCUUCUUUUCCCUUUGCUCUUCAUCUCCUCCUUCAUGCCCUCCUCUUCCUCAGUUGUUCGUCCUCAUGGCUUCUCCUCUUGGGCUUUGUGAUGUAACUUCCUGUAAGAUGAAGUACUGCCCAGCAUCAGUAACCAUGGCAAUGGUAUUGACAGUGAUGUGUGCUUGUGUGACUUGUUGCCAUGGAGACCCGUCCCCUCCCUGUUUCUUCAGUGAAAAGUUUCAAUAAAUGAUAAUUGCUGAGGG